GGGACCAUAGCUCUCUUCCAAUUUUUAGUGACUUUUCCAGACCUCCGAAUUAAGAAAGACGAAGUAGAGACACUUUUCACAUAACUGUCUAUAGCUCCUGCUAAAUUCACCUCCUAUGUGAUCACAUGUGUUCUGAGAAAGCCACAGGAAGUCUCAGCUCCUGGAAGGAGCAGCCCCUGGGAGGUUCUGGCUGGGAGCUCAGGCAGCCAGCGCUGGCCGCCAGCCAGGACCCAGGACCAGGCUGGGAGUGCAGCGAGGGCCAGGUGUGGAACAUAACUUUUGAGGGGAGGUUGUGGGCUUUGGGGCAGAAAGCCAGGGAACUUGAUUCAUAUUCUGCCUCUGUCCCUGAGCACAAGAAUGAACGGGUGGGUCAGCGUCCCUUACUGGGCCUCCGUUGACUCACUUGUGGAGUGGAAAAAACUGAAUGAAAAUGUUCUCGGGUCUCCCUCAAGAUCAGGGGUGAUGACUUUGCUCACAUCGCCCUGGUGUGUCACUGAGUCGUGCGCAGGGUGAGCACUCGUCACACUGCACCUGUGCCCCCGAUGUUCUACUCUAAGUGCGUGACAGAGAAGACUGCUGGUUCGUCAGUAAGGGGACGCACGGUGGGGGUGUAGCAGAGUCAGCCCUGCGCGUGCGCCCGGGGAGUGUACACAGGGACGCAGAGUGCAGGGGCAGGAGAGGAAGAUCAAAGCAGGGGCUGUAGGAGGGAGCGCGAGGCGGACGCGGUCAGAGCUGCCGAGCAAGUCCUGCAUGUUGCUGGCUUCUCAAGCGUGGGCUCCUCAAAGUGUCUGCCUCUUUCUCCAAGCGGAAUGCUUCCUGCUCACAAUAGGCUCGCCUUGCCCAGGACGCGGGCUGCCGGUGUUCCUCUGGUCCCCACACUUGGUUGUGUUCCUCCCAGUCAGGCCGCCCUUUGGACAAAGAGGCGAGACCUUCCUAAACUGUGAACGCUGGGUCCCCGGAACUGGAUGCCUGUGAGCCAAAUGCUGGGUGCCUCUUUCAGCAUCAUCAACACCAUGCCACUGCACCUCAAAAUCCCAGGGGCUCCCGCGGGCUUCAUUCCAAAGGGCACCCUCACCCUGAAAGGAGAAGAAGGUGGACACGCUAAACAAAAGGAACAGAACCCCCAGAAGGAUCUGCAGAUGGAAGCCACGGUUCUGGGGUUUGCAAUAUCUGGAUCUCUCUCAUUUAUCUCUGGCAAAAAGUCAACCAAGCCCUUUGCCAAGAGCAGCCUGGCCUCAAAUGCAGUGAGUUGUGCUGCUGCCGGGGCAGGCGUCCUCCUCCUCACCUGCAGCCUGGCGGCCUCGGGGAAUGCUGCUCAGACGCACAGUUCAGAACGGGAGUGUCUGACUUCACUGCCUUACUCAGAGUACUACUACUCAAUCUACGAACUCAAGGACUGUCUCCUGGCUGACUUCAGCCUAACAGGCACGCUCGUUGUGAUGCUCAUCUUCGUGGGGCUGGAGCUCCUCGUGGCUGCCUACGCCUCUGUCUUCUGGUACAAGCAGAUCCGCUCGACCAAGCCCGGGAGUGCAUUCUCCUCUCUUCCACCACAAGAUUAUGUCCAACACAUCAAGAAUGCUUCAAAGUCCUGGGUGUGAGUUAUGCUUGGUUUAGAGGGAAAAAGAGAAAAGCAGUGACCGGACUUCCUGCAGUCUCAGCUAUUUAAAACACGGAAGUAAACUUUGAAAAAGAGAAGCUUUCAUUUUGUACUUUCAGUUUGAAUCAUUUUGAGUCAUUUUAUUGCUCUUCAAGAUAACUUCCCAGAAGCACAGAUCAGUAAAAUUUUAUUGUUCACUUUCCCAGAACGGCCCUAAACUUCAUUACCUUCUCUAGGUUGUACUGUGUCGGAAGAGAACGUGCGUGAGCUUGCACUGCGUGAAUUAACUAUGCGUGGCUCUCCUUCCCACUUCUGUGUCGUGUUCACACUCACACUGUGUACACAGAGACACUGAGAACUUGAACAGCAUUUUAAGUGCUUUGAAAAUAUAUGACACACUUGUCUUAUUUCAUGACUUUAUGCUUAAGUAUUUCAAUUCAAAUGCUGUAACUCACUGUGAUGCUCCCCCUAUCUAAGUUGUAGACCAAGUAAGAAAGUAGGCACAGAAGUAGUCUCAACUUUAUCACUGUGUCAGGGAAACCAACACAGCCUGCCUAAUAAAAGCGUUUCUAAAACUGU